AUGGUAUCACAAUUCGAUAUCAACAAGCUCUUCGAGCAUUUGGAGCAAGCAGCAGUAAAUCUUGAUGAAAUUCACUACCUUCAUUUUGCUGAUGCAAUGCUUGAGUUUUCAAACUCAUUUGCGUUUUUAGGAAGAGCUUUGUCCAUGGCAUUUUCUGAUAUCACAUCAAAAGCAGCGAUAAUAAAAAAUAAUUUCCAAGGCUCCCAAUUCACAGGCUUACAAAGCAUGAUUUCAGACGAAAUUCGAAGAGGAGUUGAAAGGUUUCACCAGGACGACCACCAUGCGUCUACAGCAAGAACAAUAUUGAGAUUAAUGUGGUUUUUUGAUUUCCUUAGACAACUUAUAAUCAAUUUCAGCACACAUCUUGAUUGGAAAUGUCAUAUUAAAAUAUGGUAUCGCUAGAAUUUUAUGGUCUCCUGACAGAAAAUUCAUCUCUUGUAUAUUUUAGUUAUGAAGUUUGGUUUCCCUAGUAGAAUUAUCCCAGAUAUGUCAGGGAAUCAAGAGCUGGGCAGUUUUUCUUACCGGAUUCCUGACUUUAUGGAAACGAAUUUUCCAGAAUGGCAGCACUUACCCUAGACGGGGAGACUGAGACCUCUAGGGUGACUGACGGACCAAAAUAAGUGCUUGAGCUCAAAGAAGAAUCGUCGAAGCCCAAUCUUCAAGACUGUCGUCUUCAUUGGUGAUCAAAGUCAAAGGUGUCCAUAUCUUAGGCAGGCUCGAGGGAAAUGUCGCGAAAUUCUCUCCAGAACAGUGUUGGAGGUAGCUGUGGCCUAAAAACUGGUAGUGGGACGUUAAAACGUUUAUAGAUUAAUUAAGAUUAAGAUUGGAAAAUGUCAAAAUGCGUCUCUGAAGCGUAUGAUGAUGCUUUUGGGCCCCAUCAUCCAUGGCCUGUAAGAAUGGCAGCAAAAGUUGGAAUUAAAACUGUACCUAAUAGAGAAGAGUAUGGAAGAAGAUUGUUGGGGGAUAUUUCUUUAGAAAGACAAUUGGAGCUUUUUAAUAGAAUGCUUGAGCUCUCAAGUCCAAUUAGAGAAGCGCUUUGGAACUUUUAUAAGAGAAAUAGGAUUAUUAAAGCCAGGCGCUAACCAUAUCGGUGACGCAGUCACCAAAGACCUCCCGUAGGGGAGGUUCAUCCGCUUUUUGACUCCAGCCCAGAGGGUCUAUCCCUCUUGCGAAUGCCCUUCCGUACCUUCUGUCUCCUCCUUUCCUUGUGGUUUCAGUCUUGAGUGGGCGGCUUAUGGAUUUCUGUGGCCCUGCUGCGGGCGAUUGGAGUAGCUUAAAGAUAAGCUCCUUGGAGUCUAUCGGGUGUCGAAAUGCCUUCCUUCGGCAUUUACAGUAAAAAGAAUGUUCCCCUGUAGCCUGGGCCGAAACCCCAAUUUCUCGGUAGAGGAAUGCCCAUGGAUCCUCGGAUCCAAAGGACGUUGUUGAGCACCUCCAUUUCCAACCACAGGAAAGCAGCCAAAAACUACCCGAUACACACCUCUGGAGCCUGCACUGAUUCUCAGCUCGGAGUCUGUCCCAGUUCGCCGUAGCUAUAAGGUCUGGACUGCUGCGCCAAGAGGGCAGGUUGACACAUGUCGUCAUUUAAUGUAUAUUUUAUAAGAGAAAUAACCUUACUGAGCUUCCUUAG